UUACUUCUGCCAGAUUUCAAAACGUCUCAAGAUUCAAGCUGUGAUUCCACUCUUCACCAGAAUCAUGUCGAGUACAAGUGAAACGAGAUCAUCACCAUCGGUUGUGAUUCCUGAAAAUGAAGUUCAGCAUGUCCAAUUACUUGCUGGAUCCACUGAUAGAUAUGAAGGAGUCACUGUAGAAAUGAAGGAGCCUAUGGAUCCUCAUGUUUUUGCUACUUCGCUUCGAGCUUCAAUAUCACUGUGGCGCCAACAGGGAAAGAAGAGUGUUUGGAUUAAAUUGCCUAUUGAGCUUUCAAAUCUUAUUGAUCCUGCAUUUAAGGAAGGAUUCUGGUUUCAUCAUGCAGAACGUACAUACUCAAUGAUUGUAUAUUGGAUUAAUCCUGAAACUCCAAAUACUCUCCCUGCAAAUGCUUCACACCGUGUAGGAAUUAGUGCAUUUGUCGCAAACAAUAAGGGGAAGGUUCUGGUCGUCCAAGAAAAAUGUGGCAAAUUCGGAGGCACUGGCAUCUGGAAAAUGCCCACUGGGGUAGUUGACGAGGGUGAGGAUAUAUCUGCAGCCGCAGUUAGAGAAGUGAAAGAGGAGGCAGGAAUUGAAACAGAAUUCGUGGAAGUCCUCGCAUUCAGGCAAAGUCACAAGUCAUUCUUUAGCAAGUCAGACUUGAUGUUCGUUUGCAUGCUAAGGCCACUCUCAUUUGAUAUCCAGAAGCAAGAUUCAGAGCUCGAGGCAGCACAGUGGAUGUCAUUUGAGGAAUAUGCAGCCCAACCAUUUGUGCUGAAAAAUGCGAGCUUCGAAUAUGUUGCGAAAAUAUGCUUAGCAAAGAAGGACAAGGACUAUGCUGGCUUUUCUGUGAUGCCUGCAACUACAGGAUUUUCUGCUAAAAAGAGUUUUUUAUACUGCAAUAAUCGGGAUCUGGGGCAGUAACCUACCUAGAAGGAGUUACUUUUAGUGCCCAGAAUAAUGUAUGUCCCUGCAAGAUCUGCUACAUUGAACCUUUUGAUGAAGCAACUUACUGGGGACAAAAAUAAAAAAUAGAGAAAAUUUUUAAUUUGGAAUGUUCUUAAUGUAGUUUUCAUUUCUUUGAUAAAAUAAGUGAUAUAUAUAUAUAUAUAUAUAUAUAUAUACAUCAGUUAACAGAUGAGCACAGGGUACAAUUCAUUUGAUAGAGUCCCAAGGUCAAUAUAUUGUACAUGAAAUAUUUAAUAAA